AUGCUGUACCUGGUCAUCAUAAUUGCCUUCAUCGCAAAAACCCAAGCUGUUAUUAUUAAACACGAGCACCACAACUAUCGAGCGAUGACAAAUGUCCUUAAAGCAAUCCACAAACAAUGGCCACACAUUACAAACUUGUACACGGUUGGCAAAUCCAUUGAGAAUCGUGAACUAUGGGUGCUGGAAAUUUCCGAUAAUCCAGGACGGCACGAGAAGGGAGAGCCAGAAUUUAAAUACGUUGGAAACAUGCAUGGAAACGAGGUCGUCAGCCGAGAGAUUCUACUCCACCUUGCCUAUUACCUUUGCAGCCAAUACGACUCAAAUUAUGAAGUCGGAAAUUUAGUCGAUUCCACACGCAUACAUAUCCUACCAAGCAUGAAUCCAGAUGGGCGGGAAGGCUCAAAAGUUGAUUGCAACGGUAUUGUUGGUCGGAGCAAUAAAAAUGGGUGCGAUCUCAAUAGAAAUUUUCCCGAUCUAUUAAACCCUAGAAUUAGCGGGAAAUGUACAAAACCAGAAAAAGAAACCAAGGCUGUAAUGAAAUGGAUCUCUUCAAUACCAUUCGUUCUCUCGGCUGGUCUGCAUAGUGGCACUACGGUUGUUAAUUAUCCUUACGAUAGCAUUAAGGGAAAACCGACCAUAAACAAAUACAGCAAGUCACCGGACGAUGACGUGUUCCGACAAGUGUCUAAAGCGUACGCAUAUGCUCAUCCGACAAUGCAUAAAGGGAGACCAAAUUGCACAAGCUGGCCAGCUAAUUAUUUCAAAGAUGGUAUAACCAACGGUGCGCAAUGGUAUGCAAUACAAGGUGGUAUGCAAGAUUACAAUUAUUUUACAAGGUAUAUAUAGGAAACAUUUUUUCCCAUACUGAGGAAGAGGAGGGGGGGGGGUAUUCCCUUUUCAUUUCGUAAAAUGUCGCUUAACUUUGAAUGAGUUUUUAGUUUUUUCCCUUUCUUUUAUUAAAGCAAUUGCUUUGACGUCACGGUGGAAUUAAGUUGCUGCAAAUUUCCAAUGGCGAGCAAACUUCAAAAGGAAUGGAAGGAUCAGAAGCCAGCAUUGAUAGCGUACAUGAAACAGGUCCACAAGGGGAUCAAAGGUGUUAUUACGGAUCGUUGUGGUAGCGGUAUUGCUGGUGCUGAAAUCAGAGUUAACAAAAGGGAGAAAUCCAUUUUCAGUGGUAAGAGUUUUGGCCGUACCGCACACAGCAACACCACACCCAAUCUAAGAGAGUGUUUCAGGGAUUUACAAACUCGAAGGGAGUGUGCUGAUGCCCCAAGGAGUCUUUCUGUAACAAUCUGUAAAUGAUUGAUGAAAACUUAACGCGGGAAGAGCACGUAAAUUAUGUAUCCAAAAAGGUAUCCAAAGGCCUAGGAAUGUUAAGAUGUAUUCGUGAUCUGUAACAGUAACACGCUAGUUGACAUAUAUAUACUCGUCUAUCAUUCUCCCCCAUUUUGAUUAUUGUAGUUUUGUGUGGGAUGAUUGCAGAAAAGGUUUACGGAAUCAGCUACAAAAAUUACAAAAUCGAACAGCUUGAAUAAUUACAAGGAACACCUAUGAAAUACGCUCUUCCCAAAUUUUGAAUGACUUAAAUUGGCCAACAUGUAGACCAGAAGAUUGACGAAUGAGACAAAAAUCUUGUCUAAUGUUCAAAAUAUUCCACAAAUUAAACCAUUUAAUCCAGCGAAUUUAAUUCACAGUCAUGACUACAAUUUUGUUAUCCCUAAACCACAGUGGCGUGCUGGCAGGGGGGGCCGGGGGGCCACGGCCCCCCCAGCUGGCAAUUUUUGGGGGGCGCAAAAAUGAAAAGGGGGCGCCGAUCCCGCGCCGAAUUUUGAAAGUAGGUGGGAAGAAACGCAUUCGAAAAAAUAUAGUUACUAAUUCCGCCAAGGAAAGAUGUGUUUAUAGACUUAUAAACAGACUAAGCGAAUAUGCGACAAAGUGAGUAUAUUAAAUUGCAGACUAUUUUGUCUAACCGUAUUUGCUACCUCACGACUCACACGAAAUCACUCGUUCAUAUAGAAACAUGAUCAGUGAUCACACGCAAUGUCUCAUUAUCGGAAUAUUGACCAGGCUUCGAAGCGAUCACGGGAAUUAUGCCCUUUUUUGCUGGUAUUAUACCCUUAUAUUAUGCCCUUUAUUAUGCUUCACGAAUCACGAGAGCGGCGCAAAUUAGAUAGUUGAAGUUAUGAUAAUGUAAAGUUGUGUACGCAAUUUAGUUGUUUGCGCAAGAAACAUUAUGAGUAAUGUAAGUAAUGAGAUAAUGAUGAAACACGCCCUUUUGGCAGCCAGGCAAGGAAACCUUAAAAUGCAUAUGCGUGGGGUUCGUGUGUUAUUGUAUAAAAGAGCUGUAAAUUGUAAAUGUAUUCAGAUCAGUAGAGAAUAGAAUUGGGAUUAAAUUAAUUGCUGGAAGUAGUUAGCAUUGCCCAAUUUAAGUGCGACUACUAAAUUCUAACCAAUUUUCAAAUUUCGACACGUUGUAAUGCCGUUUCCUGACCAUCAGAUUUCUGUCAAAUCUUCCCCCAAAGUCCAGGAAAUGCCAUUCCAGAGACUCUAAAUUCAAAAAUUUUCCUGGGGGGCAUGCCCCCGGACCCCCUAGGCGAACCUCGCACCUGCGGCGCUCGGCUCGUGCCUUCGGCCCUCGUUUAUCAAGGGUAAUAUUAUAGGGGCGCAUAUUAGUUGCCAGCCGACUGGCCUCCCCAGAAAAAUAGUACCCAGCACGCCACUGCUAAACCAACUGACCAAUUUUUUGAAAAAUAGUCUCGAAUAUAAUGGAACAGUGGUACGGAAUUCGGUACCAAUUGAAAUUAGGAAUUUUACAUCACUAAAAAUAUUCAAAAACAAACUGUAGAAAUAAUUUAUGUAUUAUACAUAGCUUUAAUGUAUCAUUUUCUUGUAAAUAAUUCAAAUGUCACGGCGCCUGGCCAUGAGAAGAUCCAGGGACGUCGCGAAGCCAUCAACAUCUUCGUGUCGCUCGUCAUGUUUUGACCAACAUUUCCUACUGGAUUUUGACAAAGUCGAAAAAAAUUUUCCGGACUAACACUAAGCAUUGUCAAAAAAAAUUUUCCGGAACAACAUAAACAAAUUCAAAAUUUUUCGACAGAAAUGAGCAAAUUUUCCAUUUUUUUCAUCGCAAACGUAACGAAAGCUUUAAAAUUGUUAAAAUUGCGAAUUUUGGGCAACUUCGACCAUCUUUUAUCCCAAACUUUUACCAAAUUUUUCCCAGUUUUAUCUUCAAUUUUAAGCAAAUAUCAGUUCCAUUUUGACCAACUUUGGGCAAAUGUCACUUCCAUUUUGACCAACUUUCACCAACGUUUGAAUUAUUGGGGGGGGUGUUACACCCCCCACACACCCCUAUAGCGACGUCCCUGGGAAGAUCAUCUCACUUUCGAUCACAAGCCUCCGUGCUUAAUAAAUAAAGUAAAAAAUAUCUUUAGAUAAAAUUCCUAAAAGUCGUGUUUGACAAUAUUUUUGCACUUCUAGCCAAAUUCGGUGAUUACUGGAGAUUGCUGGUUAAAGGUGAAUAUACCAUUCAAAUAUCAGCGAAAGGAUAUAAAAAUGCACGGCGGAAAUCUGUUCAAAUAUCUGAACAGGUCAAAAUUGUCAAUUUUAUACUUUACAAGAGUACAGGUGAGUGAAAUAGGAAACUUGUCAACUUGUUGUUUGGAACGGACAUGUAUUACAUGUCUAUAGAUAGAAAUUGGUCAUCAGCAUGGCCUCUCUUUCAAACUAAAUUUGCAAGGAAAGAACAUUUAAUUGAAGGUAAAUUAAAAGCCAUUUUCAAAAUUGGCAUAAUUGAACUGAAAAUUAAGAUAUACCCUAUCCAGUCCUAUAGUUUUCAGAUGAGUGCCCUACUUCACACCCGUGUCACUUUAUACUCAAUGGGUAACAACCAGGAUUUCUCAAUUGAGAAAUAUAGGGGCGAUACUCAACAAGGAUGAUCAUCUGAAUCAUCUAAUAGUGCCUUAAUUUGAACCCUAACCAUAAUCUAACCCUGAUCUGAUCCUAAUCUAUAACCCUAACCUUGGUCUAAACCUGACGACAAAUAUUAUAUAGGCAAGACAUUUAAGCGAGUAGUAUGAUUUUCGAAGCUUGACAGUAAAAAUGUGGAAUGGAAAAUGAGGGAAAAGCACACAUACCGCCAGCUGGUGCUUAAUGGGCAGAGAAGCAAAGAAGGAUAUGGAUGUGGAUUGUGAGCUAAGAUCAAUGAAAAUGGGUAAACCGUUCAUAAUCAUAAUUUACAUUUCAGAUAAUACCUAUUCGCCUUGUGGUACAAUAAGUGGUCAUGUGAAUAUAGCCCAACCAGAAUCAGUUGAAGUGAUCUGCGUUGCAAGUGACAACAGAAAGUUUACAA